AUGACGACAGUAACACCCGCGACGCUGCCGUCCGCGACGCUCGAGUUUGCGCACAGGAUGUUCGACGCUGCGCGCAACGGCGACGCAGACCUCCUGCUGCAAGCCGUCGACGCCGGGCUCCCGCCGAACCUCACUAACGAAAAGGGCAACACGCUCCUCAUGCUCGCCGCCUACUCCGGCCACGCCCCGCUCGUCGCCGGCCUCCUCGCGCGCGGCGCCGACCCCGACCGCCUAAACGACCGCGCGCAGUCCCCGCUCGCAGGCGCCGUCUUCAAGGGCGAGGACGCCGUCGUGCGCGCGCUGCUCGCCGCCGGCGCCGACCCGCGCCGCGGGACGCCCAGCGCGGUCGACAGCGCGCGCAUCUUUGGCAGGGCGGAGCUGCUCGAGCUGUUUGGCGAGCCGACGGAGGGGGAGGGGAAGCAGCAGCAGCCUGCGUCUGGGUGA